UGAAAUCAAACAUAUUGGAAAGGGCGGUUUUGGAGUAAUUUAUUCGGCCAAUUUGCAAGGAGAAAAGUUUGCGUUGAAAAGUUUAGGUAGCAGCCUGUCUAUUGAUGAACUUAGUUUCAAAAAACACACUCAGGAG